AUGUUCUUGACCAGAAGUGAAUAUGACCGUGGUGUGAGCACUUUUUCGCCCGAAGGUAGGCUUUUUCAAGUGGAGUACUCUCUAGAGGCCAUCAAACUUGGUUCUACGGCAAUUGGUAUUGCGACGAGCGAAGGUGUUGUGCUAGGUGUGGAAAAACGUGCAACUUCGCCUCUGCUAGAGGCGGAUUCGAUUGAAAAGAUUGUCGAGGUGGACCGCCAUAUAGGCUGCGCGAUGAGUGGUUUGACUGCAGACGCACGUUCAAUGAUCGAGCAUGCCAGGACGGCAGCAGUGACGCAUAACCUGUACUACGACGAGGAUAUCAGUGUCGAGUCUUUGACCCAGUCAGUAUGUGACUUGGCACUGAGGUUUGGUGAGGGCGCAUCCGGCGAAGAGAGGCUGAUGUCGAGACCGUUUGGUGUGGCACUACUGAUUGCCGGCUAUAAUAAAGACACUGGAUAUCAGCUGUUCCACGCGGAGCCAUCGGGAACCUUUUACCGUUACAAUGCCAAGGCGAUCGGCUCUGGUUCAGAGGGCGCACAGAGCGAACUGCAGAACGAGUGGCACUCUUCUCUAACGCUGAAAGAAGCGGAACUCCUUGUGCUUAAGAUCUUGAAACAAGUUAUGGAAGAAAAACUUGACGAAAACAACGCUCAACUGAGUAGCAUCACGAAAGAGGACGGGUUCAAAAUAUACGACGACUCUAAGACAGCAGAGAUCAUUGCAAAACUCAAAGAGCAAGAAGCACAGCACGCGACGGAUGAUCAGGAUGUAGAAAUGAGUUGA